UAAUGAAGUCACAAACUGACCCCAAUUUGACACGAAGGUGUCAAUAUUUGUUCCUAUCUCUGUUUCCCAUCAAUGACAUGUUAGUCUAGUAUUACUCGUUGACACUGACGGAAGUGGUGGGUUGCCAAGUGGCUCUCUCUACACACAACUGCCAAUGAAGGCUGUUCCAAUUCUUUCUUUGGCAAUCUGGACCCUGAGCUGGGUUGAUGGGGUUUGGACGGGCACAAAUCCUGAGUUUCGAGGCAUGUACGUGGCAACCGUGGAAAACAUUGACUGGCCGUUGAGUAGCACGGGUUCCACCGAUGAGCAGAAGGCUCAAAUCAUCGACAUCUUGGAUGCUAUGGAAGAGAUGAAUAUGAACGCGGUUUUGUUCCAGGUGAGACCAGUGGGAGACGCCUUGUACAACUCCACAUAUGAGCCCUGGUCCCAAUAUUUGACGGGAAAGCAAGGUCUGGCACCUGAACCGUUUUACGACCCUUUAGAGUUUAUGGUGGAUGAGGCUCAUUUGAGAGGAAUAGAAGUUCACGUGUGGCUGAAUCCAUAUCGGGCAGGCUCAAAUGUCGUCUUUGAAGAUCUGGCUGAAAAUCAUAUGUGCAAGAAACUCAGUCAGUAUUGCUACACGUACGGUCGAUUUUUUUGGAUGGAUCCUGGAUCACCCGAGGUGGCUGAUCAAUUGAUCCUCGUUUUAGAAGACAUUCUCGCUAGGUAUAACGUGGACGGUGUUCACUUUGAUGACUACUUUUAUCCGUAUCCAGAAGCAGUGGACUUUCCAGAUCAAGACACAUACACCAUGUACGGCAACGAUAUGGAACUUGGAGAUUGGCGACGGGACAAUGUGAACCGCAUGGUCCAGCGUUGUUAUGAAACGGUUCACAGGAUUCGCUCUCAAGCCGUUUUCAGCAUCAGUCCUUUUGCUUUGUACAAGCCAGGCCAAGAGGGUGGAAUGCCCCCUCCUUUGAAUGGCUUCGAUCCAUUCGAAGGCCAAUAUGCCGACACAAAAUUAUGGCUCCAACAAGGGUGGGUGGAUUUCAUGGCACCCCAGAUUUACUUCAGGAACGAACCCGAGUCCACCAGUUUUCCAUUAAUUCUUGAUUGGUGGCUUCAGGAAGAUGUCAACCCAUUGAACAGACACGUCUAUGCAGCUAUUGCGGCCUACCGAGCCAUCUUGGAGGGAUGGAAUGUUUCAGACAUAUUAGAACAAGUGGAAAUGACACGUGAUGACAUCAGACGAGAUCAAGGAUCCUUGGGUAACAUUCAGUACAGUGCCAAGUACUUCAGAGACAACCAAAUGGGCAUAAAAACCGAGUUUAUCAACAUCAACCCUGGUCCAGCUCUCAUUCCACCAAAGCCCUGGCUGGAUGAGGAACGUGUCCAAGGCAAAAGGUCAACUUAGACUCAAUGAACACGAGCCGAAUCGUACGAUCUUGGAAUUUGGAAUAAAUAUCAUGUUACUUGA